UGAGGGAAUCUGGCGGCAGUGCGUGGUACGUUGUCGUUACGGUUGGAUUCGAAGUCGCUUUCCCUUUUGCAGUGCUAAUACAGUGUAUGGUGCGGUGCGGUGUACGUCGAGUCGAUGUGAUUUGUCCGUACCGCGACUGAGAGAGUGCUGUUCGUCACGUUGUAAGUCGUUUGCAAGAGCACGAGAACAGUCUAGCGCUUCAGAGUUGUCACAUAAUACUUCCGAGAUUAACUGCGUGCUAUCGUCCCGUCUCGUUUUGCCUUGCAAAACCCGAUCGUCCUCUACGGCCCUCGCCGAUCGCGAGGAAGGCGCAUGCUACCCUAAUCAACAGCGGACUUGUGCGUCUCGUGGAGAAUGUUGGAUCGCGACACGGCGAUACACCUCGUCGCCGGAGGAGUGGCUGGCACGGCAGGAGCAAUAGUGACCUGCCCGCUUGAAGUAGUGAAAACUCGAUUGCAGUCGUCGUCUUCUGGUUUUCAUCCGCCACCAGUGAGCAAAGAAUUCACAUCCGGCCAUCCCACAUGCAAGGGCUCGCCAACACCCGAACAACGCAGAAGACUGUGCACCGGGUAUCCCAGGUAUUCCAGCCACUUCGUAGCUCUCUCACAUUUCGGUGUUUCCACCUCGCCUCCGCACUCCUCCCGACAUGCGCCGGGUAUUUAUCAGUGCUUAAGAUACAUCAUCAAGAAUGAGGGAGCACGGGGAUUGUUCAAAGGCCUUGGCCCGAAUCUUAUUGGCGUGGCACCCUCCAGGGCGAUUUACUUCUGCGCGUACUCCAAGAGCAAAGUCGCAUUCAAUGCGAUUCUACCCCCCGACACUCCGAUCGUCCAUGUCUUCUCCGCGUCUUGCGCUGGUUUCACCGCGUGUACAUUGACAAAUCCGAUUUGGUUCGUAAAAACCAGACUACAGCUGGACCACCGAUCGCAAAAAGUCACAGCGAUAGAAUGCAUGCGGAGGAUAUAUCAACAAUCGGGUAUCCUGGGAUUCUACAAAGGUAUCGUCGCAUCCUACAUAGGCAUAAGUGAGACUGUGAUACACUUUGUGAUAUACGAAGCGGUGAAGGCAUGGCUAGCCACACACAGAUCACGAGCUUCGAGGACGGAUGACAGGAAGACGUUCCGCGACUUCAUCGAGUUCAUGGCGGCAGGCUCGUUCUCGAAAACGAUAGCGUCAACCAUUGCCUAUCCUCAUGAGGUCGCGAGGACCCGAUUGCGGGAGGAGGGCUCCAAGUAUCGCACGUUCUGGCAAACUCUAAACACCGUGUGCGCGGAAGAAGGUGUAAAAGGUGUUUAUCGCGGCCUCGGCACUCAGCUGAUUCGACAGAUUCCGAACACCGCCAUCAUAAUGGCAACGUACGAGGCGUGCGUGUACGUGCUGACGCGACAUUUUCGACCGGUUGCGGUGACAACGUCCAGCACCGACGUGACAUCGGAAUUCUACAGCGACGCCAAAGCGAAGAGAGAGCUGGCCUAGGGUCUGCUUUCGGCCCCGGAGUAAGGGCCGCCCCGCUGAACACUUUUCCUGCUUCCAGUAGGUGAACACGCGCGUCGUACUCGGGACACCGUCCUAAGAUCUAAUCGCACGUCUAGGCGCGUCGAGAGCAGCUCGAUCGACACCGGAAACUCGCGCUCGAUGCCCUAAUCGUCGCUCCAGUGGUAGCCAAAAAGGUACCAGCGUAUCGAUCGCAUUGUGCUCUAAAAGUGUAGCAAAAAGUAGUCCUUCCUCCUGUCAGGUAGCUUGCACCCGGACAUGGACUCUAUGCAUCUAGCAGAGAGAGAGAGAGAGAGAGAGAGGGGGGAGGGGAGGAAGGAGAGAAAAAAGAAAUUAUGAGAGAGCAGAUGUUAAGUGUUGGAUAUACGGAAGCUGAGACUUCGCUUCUCGCGAACACGCAGACAUGCCAGGAAAAAAAAGACCGUUGUGUACGUUGUGUUUAUCGAGCUAAAAUUAUUCUUUGCUCCAAAAAUAAAAUCUUUAGUUCAGAACGCGUGUAAAGGUUGCUACAAAUAUAAUAGUCAC